GAAUUUGUCAGCUAUAAACUUGAAUUUUAGAUAAAAUAAGAUAAAAAGCAGUUUUUUUCAUAAUAAAUUUCAUUUUUUUAUUUAAAACAGCAAAUAACAUUACGUAUAAUUAUGCUAGAAAAUAAAAAACGUUUUCUUAGUACAACAACAAUAAAUACCUAUAAAAAACUUUAUUUGAUAAAUAUGUUUGUAAAAAUGAGGUUAAUUACAUAUAAAAUUCAGUAACAUCCAGGUACAUUCUAAAUUAGAAACUAUCAACAAAACUUGUCCAUUUUUUUUGUUUAUUUAAGUUACUGCUUAUUAGUUUAAUUUAUAUUCUUAUUAAAUAUAAGUUUAAUUGCCACAUAUAAACGGCAUUUUUAAUAAAUUAAUUAUCAGUUAGAAAACUCGAAAAUAUACUAAAAAUGGAAUCGCCACUGUAACCACAUGCUCAGAACGUGAUAGCCACCUGCGACAAAGAUAUCUGAUUGGUCAAUCAGUAAUAAAAUAUGGAGUUUGAGAGCAUCAUUUCGUUUAAGCGCGAGAUGACUACGCCGCUAUUUUCUGUUAAAAAGUAUUAUUUUCGUAUUAUAUCGUGAUAUAUAAUAGUUUAGUGGCUUGUACUAAAGUUUUAACAUUGUUUUGUGUCAAAAUAGUUUAGUUUUAAGAUGUUUAAUUGUGUAAUGUAACGAAUGUGUCGGGAUGGUUUGUCUCCUGCCAGAUUAAGAGCUAGAAAUUUACUUUCGAAUAGGAAAUAGUGGAACCGUGCAUAAUAAAUAAUGAAACCGAUAUCUUAUGUGAUGAUGAGAGUAGAAGUGAAAUUUUGUAGCAUGCAUAUUAUAGAGUAUGAUUCAGUUGAAGAUAUUAACAUGUCUUCUGUUGCCGAUAGUAUUUGGACAAGAAAACUACAGUCCUCAAAAUAACUACAAUAACCCCCCGAAUAACUACAAUAACCCCCCAAAUAACUACAAUAACCCCCCGAAUAACUACAAUAACCCCCCGAAUAACUACAAUAACCCCCCAAAUAACUACAAUAACCCCCAAAACAAUUUCAACAAACCAUCUGAUAAUUAUAAUCCCGAAAUUAGCGGCAAUCAGAACACGAACAAUUUCAACAGAAACAGCUACAACAUACAACAAGCCGAUCAAGGAGAUUGUUGUGAAGAUUAUUGUUAUGUUGAAGAUCAUGAACCUUAUCUUAAUUUUGGUACGAAAACAGCCUACGAGAGUUUGAACCGAAGAACUAAUAGUGAUCAACACAUUAUACCAGAAUGUAAACCGGUGAAAUUCUGGAGCAUCAAUAGACACGGGACAACGUUACCGGACGCUGAUACAAUCAGGAUGAUGCGAAACAUCAACAGGCUUCACGAAGACAUUAUAAGAAAUCAUGAACAAAGAAGAACGUAUCCCGAUAAAGGCAGAUUAUGUCCAAGCGAUUACGAUUUAUUCAAACGUUGGAGAUUUAACGAAAGUAUCAGUGAAAGAAACGCCAAUACCUUGGCGAGACAAGGCGUGGAAGAUUUGCGCAUGUUGGCUAGAAGAUAUAAAGGAAAAUAUCCCGAACUAUUACAAAACUACGACGAAAGAUCUUAUACUUUCGAGUAUUCUCCGGAAAAUCACGACAGUUUCCAAGGUUACAUUGACGGGCUGUUUGAACAAGACGCGUAUAGAGUACAUGCAAAUAUUAUAAACGGCGAUAGAUUAACUAAACCUACUCAAAAUUGUCCCAAAUGGCAAGAAUUGGAAAAUAAUCAAUUCGCAAGUAUGUCGGAAGUUAUGAGAUUCAAGGAAACGCCAUAUUAUAAAAAAAUGGUAGUAGACGUUUUCCGAAGAUUGGGAUAUAGAUUUUCACCCAACGCUUCUGUUAUCGAAGAAAUAUACGAUUUAUGUAGAUAUGAGAAAGCCUGGAAUCCCCAGCCAAAAGCACCUUGGUGUAUAGCUUUCAAUAAAAAUCAACUCAAAUUGUUGGAGUACGCCGAAGAUUUAAAAUCUUACUACAAAUCAGGUUACGGAAACAGAAUGUCGGAAAGAAUAGGAUGCAGUCCUUUAAAGGAUUUAUAUGAAAAAUUCAAUCGGUUCGUUAAUGGUAAUUCAGAUGGAACUAAAGCCUCAUUCAUAUUCAGCGAUACGAAUACGUUCCAAUCAACUCUUGCAGCACUAGGAAUUGCUAAGGAUUAUAUGUCUUUAAAAGCUGACAACUACUAUGAACAAUCGAAGAGAAAUUGGAAAUCAUCAGUGAUCAGUCCUUUCGCGGCUAACUUAGUAGCAACAUUAUACGAAUGCAAUCGUGAUGAGAAAUAUAGAGUGAUGUUUUUCUUGAACGAAAAUCCUGUGGAAUUCCCCGAUUGUUCGGUUGGUCUGUGUAAUUGGUCGGUGGUUCAACGAAAGUAUCAAAGAAUCGUAGAAAAUUGCAACAUCGAGAAUUUCUGCGGCGGUAGAGGAGCGGCUGUUAAAAAUUACGUGUCACUGGUGGCGGUUCUGUUAACGAUUUUUGUUUUCAAGUUCUAAUCGGUGCUUUUAGGUAGAAUUUUAUUAAUAUAAAAGUUGAAAGUAUUCUUUCAGUAUAUAUUUGUUGUUUUAGAUUUUUUUUGUAGUACAAAAAUAGAACUUUUAAGUUUUAAGACAAAUAUUGAAACCAAAUGCCAUCUGUAAUUGUAUCUGUUUUUGUUGAAUACUGAUGUAGUUGUAUAUUUUUGAUUUUUACAAAUGACUUGAUAAUAAAUAUUUUUAGAAUUGGAA